GCAAAUGUAAACACAGUUUCACUGUUUUGUUGAUUCAGUUGACGUCUAAUUGUUUUAUUGAGUUUAAUAACAGUUUAUCAUUGCUUUCGUUACAACCAUACAGUCAUUGAGUUAUUUAUGAAAUCAUUUUCAAUCAACUGUUCAUGAGUUUAUUGUAUAUAAUACUGGAGUUUGGUUUACAUUACAAAAGAUUUUCAACAGUUUUUAUUUGGCUAUAAGUUAUAUAACUCUCGGGAACACCUAAUAAAGUGAGUGGAAAUGCCGGGAACCUGUGGUCGCUGUCAGAAGACUGUCUACUUUAAUGAGGAAAAGAUGGCAAUCGGCAAAAGUUUUCAUGUCAUGUGCUUUGUUUGCGCAAACAAGUCGUGUAACCGUCGGCUAGACAGUGGAAACCUGACUGAACACGACGGAGAUAUCUAUUGCCGAUCCUGUUAUGGAAAGCUAUUUGGACCCAAAGGCUACGGUUACGGUCAGGGGGCGGGCACUCUGUCGAUGGAUACGGGAGAUAACAAGAACGGCCCGCCCACCAGCAACAUCCCGGCCACCGCUCAGGCGUUCAUAGCGCCUAAGAGAGGACCGCCGUCACCGCAGCCGCAAACUAAUGGCGCAAACAAACCGGUGUUUGGCGGCGCAGAGAUGUGCCCGCGUUGUGGCAAAGCCGUUUAUAUGGCCGAGAAGAUGAUGGGCGGCGGUUCGGCUUGGCAUAAGAGUACAUGUUUUACAUGUAAGGAGUGUCGUAAACGACUCGAAUCGACCACUCUUUGCGAACGCGAGGGAGAGAUAUAUUGCAAAACCUGUUAUGGGAAAAUGUAUGGACCCAAAGGUUAUGGCUUCGGAGGCGGGGCUGGAGUUCUGCAGAAUUUUGUCGAAUAAAGCCAUGAAUUGAUUCCCCAUUCAUAUCAACACUUACUGUUAAUUCCGACGAAGAAUUCCAACAACUCUAUAGAUAAUUGAUUCCCAAUUGUGUGCCAAUGUGUGCACCCAUUCCUCUAUUCAUAUUAGUAUGAGUUAACCAAUAAUUCGUUGGAUAUAUUCUGAACACACAAAUUGCACUAAAAAACUAUUUGAUUUAAAUUAAUGACUAUAUUUCAAAUAUCUUAAUAUUAUAAUUAAGAUUCUAUGGAGUAGUUUAACAUUGAAAAUCAACUCAUUAUUAAUAAUUUAUUAUAAUUAUUGGUAAUUAAUAGAAAUUAUCGCACAAUCCAUGCAUUGAUCUAUAAGUACCGUACAUUUGAUGAA